GAAGUUUCCUUAUAUGUAAGGACAGCUACAACAAAAAUCAUUUUUAGCCAAUCUUAUUCAUUCUGCUGCCCUCUUCAGCAGUGUGAAAAGAUGGAUGUGGGAAGUGGUCCAGGACAGCUGGUUCAUUUCCAAGGUUCACCUCUUGCAAGCUCAAGCGUGGUCCACUCCAACAUACAGGAUGGCAGGCAGAGGUGGCAAGAAGCCCACGUGGAUGAAAAAGUUCCUAGUAAAACUCAAAAAGGAGCUGCACAAGAGGUAGAAUCAAGGUCAGGUCACCCUGGGAAUAAUGUAGGGAUGCUGUGUGCAGUGAUUUGCUUAGGAAGACAAAAGCCCAGCUGAAGGUGAGGGAUAUGGAAGGCAAGAAGGGCUUCUACAGCUGUAUCAACAGCAGAAGAAACAAUAGGGAAACUGUGGGCUUGCUGCUGAAUGGGUUAUGUGAGAUGGUGAGAAAGGAUGUGGAAGAGAACGAGGAACUCAGAAUCUUCUUUUCCUUGGUCUCUACUGGUAAGACCUUUAGUCAGCAAUGCCAGGGUUGUGAUAAAACUUGUGGGAGGGUCUGGAGCAAGGAAGACUUAAUCUUGCUGAAGGAGUACCAGUUUAGGGGAACAUUUAAGUGAGUGGAACAUACAGUAGUCAUGGGGCCUGAUGGGAGGCAUAUACCAAUGCUGACAGAGCUUGACAUUCUGACUGUAUGGCAGCUCUUGAUAGAUGGCCACUUCUUGACUAGAAGAGGGCAAAUAUCAUGCUUGUCUUUAAAAAGGUCAAGAAUCUGUGUUACUUCAGUGAAGGCAAUGGAGCAAAUAAUCCCAGAAACCAUUUCCAAACAUGUGAAGGACAAUAAGUGUAUUAUUAUUUAUCUGUGUCCUAGGAAAUACUGCAAACUGUUAGUAGAUAAUGUCCUGGACAGUCAAUUCCAGUUUACCAUGCCUUGACUGGUGCAGUUGGACUAUGUGAUCAGCGGAGGUCCUCUCAAACCUCAAGUAUUCAGUAGCUUUUGCUUUAAGUGUAGUUCUUGAAGAUGCAGAAGAUAAGACUGAAGUACCAGGGCUGCAGAAGUCUGAAAAACGUGGAACAGUGAGCAAAAGGAGCAAGGAAUUAAAAGAAGUUAUCUUUGUCAUCCAGAGUCAAAGCAAUUCCUUUCAUUCCAAGAGAGCAGAAGACCUAAAAAGAGAUAUUUUAAAACAGACUGCAGAUCUUGGAAAGGAAUUACCAACGGUGCUGCUUAUUCAUCAGAUGGACAGGCAUGAAGGUGCAUGGACCAUAUUACCACUAAUGAGAGAUUUCUCUGUUGCCUACGGUAGGAACUCCUCAUGGAUUUUCUUCUGUGAAGAAGAUACAAGAAUACAAGUUGUAAAGCUGCUAGAAAUACUUAGAAGAUUUGACACCUCUAAGGAGUGGUUUUUAGGUAAAGCAUUAUAUGAUGAAGAAUCUACAAUAAUUCACCACUAUGCCUUUGCUGAAAAUCCUACAGUCUUUAAAUUUCCAGACUUUGCUGCUGGUUGGGCACUUAGUAUUCCGCUUGUUAACAAGCUUGCAACUAAGUUGAAAAGCGAACCGCUCAAGUCAGACUUUACAAUAGAUUUAAAACAUGAGAUUGCCCUGUAUAUUUGGCAGAAAGGAGAUGGACCACAUCUUACUCCGGUGCCUGAAUUCUGUACAGAUGAUGUGAACUCAGAUAAGGCUGAUCAGUGUGCAACAACGUUCAGUAACUUUCUUCCACUUUGUGGAGAGCCAGUAAAAAAGGAAGAUGUCUUUGUUGCUGUAAAAACAUGUCGGAAAUUUCAUGGAGACAGAAUACCAGUUGUAAAGCAGACUUGGGAAAGAGAAGCUGCACUUAUUGAAUACUACAGUGAUUACAGAGACAUCUCCAUUCCUACUAUAGAUUUAGGCAUACCUAAUACUGAAAGAGGUCACUGUGGGAAAACUUUUGCCAUUUUGGAAAGGUAUUUGAAUCAUAGCUCUCCCAGAACUCCGUGGUUAGUCAUAGUGGAUGAUGACACACUGAUAAGUAUCUUCAGGCUCCGAAAACUGCUCAGCUGCUAUGACCCAAAUGAACCAGUAUUUCUUGGAGAGCGUUAUGGUUACGGCUUGGGAACAGGAGGAUAUAGUUAUAUCACUGGAGGAGGAGGGAUGGUUUUCAGCAGAGCAGCUGUUCAGAGGCUGCUUGCUAGUAAGUGCCGGUGUUACAGCAUGGAUGCGCCUGAUGAUAUGGUCCUGGGGAUGUGUUUCAGUGGCCUAGGAAUCCCUAUAACACACAGUCCUCUAUUCCAUCAGGCGCGGCCAAUGGACUACCCCAAAGACUACCUUUCUCACCAGAUUCCAGUGUCGUUUCACAAACAUUGGAACAUUGAUCCAGUGAAGGUGUACUUCACGUGGCUGGCACCAAACGCAGAAGAGGCACUGAAUGGAAAGAAAGUUGAAUUUAACAGGGAGGACUUAUAAGCAGGAGAAGAAUUAAAGUAUUGAUUAACGUACUGCAGAUGAGAGGCAGUCACUACUGUGAUUUUUGUGUUGUUCUUGUACUGAUCAUCUCUUUGUGACAUAGCAGAUAACGUUUUGUUCCCGUUACAUUUCUUCAGAGUGGUGGAUGAAGGCUUGUAAUCAACUUUUGUAUUCUUUCGUUAUGCUUGGUUUCUUUUUAAAUAUCUUAGAGCUUUAUCCAUCUGUGAACUUGCCACACGUUCGAACCCAUGCUAGAACUUUGCAUUCUGUUUUGGUCUGUGAAUGAUACAACAUCCAUUUACAUUUCCUUCGUUCGUUCUUGCAAAAGCUGCAGUUCUUUAUUUGGGAGCUUAAUACUGAACAUCUGUUAAAUGCCUAUUGAACAUCAUGUCUGAUUGACUGUCAGGAAACAGUUCUCUGAAGUGUUCUGAACAGGUUCCCGGUGAAGGAGAGAAGAGACAGGACUUCAUUUCUGUGACCAGGAGCUGGGUUGUUUGAAAGCUGUGAUCCUUUGUGCUCAUUUCAAGUGGAAAUACCGCAGGUUCCUGGUGGACCGAGAGUGAGCUUCUCGUGUACCUUUAAGUUAAUCAACAUUUCUGAGGAUGUCACCUUCUAAAUGUGACCACCUUCUAAGGUUAAGAACUGGGAUUUCCGAGGUGGCCACGGGAGGUCACUGUAGCUCCUUUAGAAACCUGAAUCGUGGUGUAACUCUUUGGCAACUAUAAAUGGGACUUAAAGAUUUUUGAAGAACUGACACUUCAGUAUUCCUGAUGUGUGCAUUUCCACAGUACGUGGAUGCCAGCUUUAAAAAGUUUGCAGUAUUCCUAAUUUAUAUCAUCAAGAUAAGUAAUUUUGUGCUUAGAGUAUGUAAAAAGUGAUUCAUAUUUAAUUGUUCUUCAUUGUUUUCUUUGAGUAAUUCAGUUUUGUAGAAAUGUUUGUACAAAAACUGGCUUCGGUGUGUUUUAAACUAAUUUUUAUACUGUAAAACUUCUAAGGGAACAGUAUAUGACACUUGUAUGCUGUUAUUUAACUUCACUUGCUAUGUUGUAACCAAAUACAGGGUCUUAAAGCCAUACUGCUGAGGUCAUUUGUGGUUUUGCUUUGGUUUUUGGUAGGUUAGAAAUUGAUUCCAUUCCAAAGUAAUGCAAUACUUGCUCUUAUAUUGUCUAAAUAGGGGAGCCACUGAUUCCAAUUACAGAAGUUGUAGAAACACUUGUUUGUGAAUGUAGCUUGUGCAAUUUUAAGCAUAUGAAUAGCAAGCACAUAUUCAUAAUAGAUUCAAGUACUGAUUACGUAGGAGAAGUCCAUGUUACGUAUUUUUUCCUUUUUUUCUUCCCACUAUCAGUGCCUUAAACAGUAGACAUUUUACUGAUACCAGGGCUGUGUUCUCUGGCACCAUGGAUGUAUUGUUAAUUAUGUUUACUGUUUAGAACUGUGAGAGCUGAAAGCGGAAUAAAAGCAUUCUUGUCUAA